CUUGAACCCCUGAAACAGGAGGUCGGUUAGCAGAAGCGGCACCAGAAGACGCUACCAUCUCGACUUCAUACGCUUCUCGCUCAUUGCUCUCGUUCCUACCGGUGCAUUUUAGUCCAUUUUGCUCACCGAGCUUGCUGUGAGUUUGUCCUCGUGGUUACAGAAUUAUUUGUUCGGCAAAAUUUGUUCUUUCGUGCCGAGUUUUGGAGGGAACGUCAGCCGUUGGUCCACGACUACACUCCAGUUUUCAUUCGAAACCUGCAAGCCACUCUCAUCAUGUCACAGGCACUCGGUAGCUUUUCGACCACGCUUGGAGAGGAAAACAGACAAGCCAACGCCAGGAGAUUGAAGAGGGAAGACAACCAAAGCCGGCCUAUCGCUCCCCAGGCCACCAAGCGCGUGGCUCUUGGAGUUCUCAACCAAAAUGCCGGCCGACAACGAGUCCAACCGCACCGCGCUGCAAAACAGAACUGCGGUCCUUUAGGGACUUCAGCGUGCGGCCAGACCGGGAGUGUCGGUUGUGGCCAGGCGGGAAAGCCCACCACUGGGUUCUUUGUCCCGCCCGCCGCUUCUACCCAGUUCUCCAUCCAUGUCGACCAUCAGGCAGAUUCAGAGCGGUCGAAAGAACCUCAGGUUUCCUCCACAGUCACAACUCUUGGCACUGAGAGGAAUAGGCAAGCCAUCAGCAUCUAUGGCCGAACGGAAGAAAUUAUCGAUAGCAGCACAGAUUCUCCUAUGGUGUUGGACACCUCAUUGGACUCAUCAGAUGACAAUCAGUCAGUAAUAGAGGACAUUGAUGCCCAUGGAGACAGUGUGUUGGAGGUUGCUGAAUACGCAACAGAAAUCUUUCAGUAUCUCCGGGAAGCUGAGCUAAGGCAUAGACCCAAGCCUGGCUACAUGAAGAAGCAGCCUGACAUCACCAACUCCAUGCGAUGUAUCCUGGUGGACUGGCUGGUGGAGGUCGCUGAGGAGUACAAGCUGCACAACGAGACGCUGUACCUGGCCGUGUCGUACAUCGACCGCUUCCUGUCCUCCAUGUCUGUCCUGCGCAGCAAGCUGCAGCUGGUUGGGACAGCAGCCAUGUUCCUCGCAUCGAAGUAUGAAGAAAUCUACCCCCCAGAUGUUGGAGAGUUUGUGUACAUCACUGACGACACCUACACAAAGAAACAGGUUCUGAGGAUGGAGCACCUGAUCCUGAAGGUCCUGUCCUUUGACGUUGCCGUGCCAACCAUCAACUGUUUCCAGAAGAGGUUCCUCCAGGCUGCAAAGGUCAACUCCAAGACAGAAAGCCUGGCCAUGUACCUGGCAGAGCUGACUCUACAGGAGGGAGAGACUUUCCUGAAGUACAUCCCCUCCACCAUCGCUGCUGCCUCGCUCUGCCUGGCUCAGCAUACGCUCAACAUGCAGCCAUGGGUAAGCUCACUCUUCAAGUUCAUACUUGAUAAGCAUUCUGUGAUGGUGAUGCCAGGUAGCAAUAUCAUCUAA